AUGAGUGCAGCGACUGCAAAGCCGACGUCCCAUGUGGAUCCAAUAUCUGCACCGCCGAAAGAAAUCCCCGAUGUCCUGGUAGAUUCUCGGUCGAAGAAAAAAUAUUCCAGAGGUCGCUUUCUUGGAAAGGGAGGUUUUGCGAAAUGCUACGAGAUCACAGAUAUGGAUACGAAUGAAGUUUUUGCUGGCAAAAUUGUCCCGAAGUCGAUGAUCAUGAAACCACACCAGAGGGAGAAAAUGACCUCAGAAAUCACCAUUCAUCAAAGUCUUGAUCACGCCAACGUUGUGGGAUUCCGAGGAUUCUUCGAAGAUGAAGACUUCGUCUUCGUUGUGUUAGAACUCUGCAGGCGACGGUCCCUCUUGGAGCUCCACAAGCGCCGUAAGGCUAUCACAGAGCCAGAAGCACGCUACUAUAUGAUGCAGCUGCUCAAAGGGUGCCAGUAUCUACACGACAACCGAAUCAUCCACAGAGAUCUGAAACUGGGGAACAUCUUCCUCAACGAUGAGAUGGAUGUCAAAAUAGGGGAUUUCGGCCUUGCGACCAAGAUUGAAUAUGACGGCGAGAGAAAGAAGACCUUGUGUGGAACCCCCAACUACAUCGCCCCAGAAGUGCUCUGUAAAAAGGGCCAUAGCUUUGAGGUGGACGUCUGGUCUCUUGGCUGUAUCCUGUACACUCUGCUUGUGGGCAAGCCGCCAUUUGAGACGUCUUGUUUGAAAGAGACUUACAGCCGCAUCAAAAAAAACAGCUAUGCUGUUCCCUGGCACGUCAACCCCGCCGCCACCUCCCUCAUUAAGCGCAUGCUGAACGCCGAUCCCGCCCUCAGACCCACCAUCGCCGAGUUGCAGACUGAUGAGUUCUUCACGGGCGGCUACUGCCCCCUGCGCCUGCCCACCACGUGCCUCACCGUGCCCCCUCGCUUCUCCAUCGCCCCCUCCCAGGCCCAGGAGCUCAGCCAGAGACGGCCCCUUUCGGCGCUCGACAACAAAGACCACCCAGAAAAGGUGGACCUUAAAGAGGAGGCAAAGGACGCUGAGGUGUGCCACCUUACUGAUAUGCUGGCCCAGAUCAACCACCUUCUCGUUGCCAAACCCUUUGAGAAAGCAGUAAUUCGGCAGGAAGAGGCAGAUGAUCCUGCAUGCAUUCCAGUCUUCUGGAUCAGCAAAUGGGUGGACUACUCUGAUAAAUAUGGACUGGGAUACCAGCUGUGUGACAACAGUGUGGGUGUUCUCUUCAACGACUACACACGUCUCAUGAUGUACGCGGACGGAGACAGCCUGCAGUACAUCGACAAGGCGGUCGUAGAGUCUUUCCUGAACGUUCGCUCCUACCCACCAGGCCUAAGCAAGAAGAUCACGCUACUCAAGUACUUCCGUAACUACAUGAGCGAGCACCUGCUGAAGGCCGGCGCCAACAUGGCACGACGCGACGGGGAUGAGCUGGCUCGCCUGCCCUACCUCUCGUACUGGUUCCGCACCCGCAGUGCCAUCGUGCUGCACCUCACCAACGGCACUGUGCAGAUCAACUUCUUCCAGGACCACACAAAGCUGAUCCUUUGUCCCCUGAUGGGGGCAGUGACCUAUAUCGAUGAGAAGCGGGAGUUCCAUACGUACAAGCUGAGCCUGUUGGAGGAGUUUGGCUGCACCAAGGAGCUGGCGAGCCGUAUCCGCUAUGCUAAGGUGAUGGUGGAGAAAAUACUAGCCAACAAGUCUGCCUCGGCACACUAAAGAAAGCGUAACCACUUCCUAGCGGAAAAAGUGAUAUGAGCUUAGUCCCUCAUUUUUAAUCUUGGCCUGUGAAUCAUUUUCUUUGCUUUAUCUCCCCAACUUUCCUGGGAUGUAAUUGCUGUACCAUAGUUGACAAUUUCAAUGGUUUUUAUGUCUUUGAUUUUACGUUCUCACAUGAAAGGGCUUCUUCUUUGAGACUUUCCCUAUUACCUGUUUUCUCCUGACAUUUGUUUUCAAUGAGUGAAUUUUUCAUUCAACUGCACUUGCCUUUAACACUGAGAAUAAAAUUUGAGCUCGCCAACUGGUCCUUCAGGUCUAUUUUUAAUCUGUAUGUUGUUGAUAAGAGGCCUAAAUCUGACCGUGUUGGUGAUCUUCAUUAUGCUCCCAUUUUAUAGUUGUAUUUUAAAUAUAUUCUGUAAAAAAUCUCUGUACAAACUCACUGAGACUCUUAAUGUUGUAUAGAUUGCUUUGUGCUUUACAAAUAUAAAUAAAGAUUACGGAAUACAA